AAGUGACACGAGCGUGCCUGGCGGUGUGUGGCAUGUGUACGGCUAGGCAUCGCUAGGUGCUGAGAGACCAGACCAAUGCGCCCUGUGGUUGCUGUCCCCACCCUCAACGUGGAGCUCCUGGCCAAAGACAGCCACUACUCAGGGGGUCAGCAAGCUUUCCUUACCUUGCCGAGAAAUUCCAGAACAAGGCAGAAUUAAGCCUCACUGUCUCUCAGUCCAGUCUCCAUCUCCUGGGAGCUCUGAGCAGCUACUCAGCUACUCUGUAAGCUCAAGAGAAGGUUCUACAGGAGACCGUGGCUGUCCCCUGGGAGAUUCAUGGCCCGGAAAAGGAAAUCAAAGGAGUGGCCAGGAGCCAAACACACACCAUGGUGCAGUGCAGACCACCGCAGGAGUUCAGCUUUGGGCCACGGGCCCUGAAGGAUGCGCUGAUCUCCUGCGAUCUGGCUCUGAAGCAGCUCUACACCUCAGCCUUCUCCCCGUCGGAGAGGCUCUUCCUGUCUGAGGCCUACAACCCUCACCGGACUCUCUUCAGCACACUGCUCAUCCAUUCAGCCUUCGACUGGCUCCUAAGCCGUCCAGAGGCUCCUGAGGAUUUCGAGACCUUCCAUGCUUCUCUGCAGCUCCGGAAGCAGAGCCUGGCCCGGAAACACAUUUACCUGCAGCCCAUAGAUCUGAGUGAGGGGCUGGCAGGAUGCCCCCUGCUGGACCACCUUCGAAGCUGUGCGGAGGCUUUCUUCCUGGGCCUUCGAGUUAAGUGCCUGCCCUCUGUAGCCUCUGCCUCCAUUAACUGCUGCUCAAGACCCGCUCGGGACACCGAUGGGCUCCAGCUUCACACAGAUGGCAUCUUGUCCUUCUUGAAGAACAACAAGCCGGGGGAUGCAUUGUGCGUGCUGGGCCUCACGUUGGCCGACCUGUACCCCCAUGAUGCCUGGACCUUCACCUUUGGCAGAUUUCUUCCGGGGCAUGAAGUGGGUGUGUGUAGCUUUGCUCGCUUCUCUGGGGAGUUCCUGCAGGCCGGGUCCAGCAUUCCUGACUCAGCUUUGCUGGAGGCAGCAGCAGGUGGUCCUGAGACGUUGCCACAGGAGGGAGGACAGACCCUGUGCUACAGCGCCCUGGGCAUGGUUCAGUGUUGCAAGGUCACCUGCCAUGAGCUCUGCCACCUCCUGGGCCUGGGGAGCUGUCGCUGGCUCCGCUGCCUCCUGCAGGGGGUGCUUAGCCUGGAUGAGGCGCUCCGGCGCCCUCUGGACCUCUGUCCUAUCUGCUUGAGGAAACUGCACCACCUCCUGGGCUUCAGGCUCCUGGAGAGGUACAAGAGACUGCACACUUGGACUCGGGUGAUGUUGGAGAUGUGGUCUGGUCAAGAGGCCGGGGAGCCAUCUGUGUCAGAGGACACCUUGCCUUUCAGUGCUGACUCAGGCAUGGGCUGUGAGAGUGACACGGAGCCUGUCACCAGCCCGUCAGAGCCCGUCACCCCUGAUGCGUGGAGUCAUACGUUUCCUGAUGGGCCUGAACCAGUGUCUGAGGAAGGACUGAGCUCCCUAGCGGCCUCGGAAGUGUUGCUGAAACUGGGGGGGCCUGUGGAUGCCCUGGAGGAAUACAGACAGUGGCUGGAUGCGUGCAUCCAGGCCCUGGAGAGGGAGGUGGCUGAAGAGGAGCUGGUCCAGGUGGAUGCAGCCGUGGAUGCCCUGGGUCGGUGGGAGAUGUUCACAGGGCAGCUACCAGUGACCAAGCAAUACAUGCCCUGUGUCAAGGAUAAUGUGGGACUGCGCAGGGUCCUGGGGGACAAGUUCUCUUCCCUGAGGCGGCGACUGAGCUCUCGCAGACUUGCCAAGGCCAGUUCUUCCCAGUGCCACUGGGGGGCAGAGAAUUAGCACAGCAAGAUGGACCAUCCAAUGCCGAGAAAUCAGUUCCUGGCACUUUUUUCCUGAGGAUACUAGCCAACCAGUGACUGAGGGUACUCUGGUAUCUGCAGGGUUAGAAACAAAGGUUCCCCAGAAGCUAAGGAAAUGCUCCUUGGGUGCUUGACCACAGGGCCCCCAUGUUGUGUGGCUUGCAGUUUUAACUGAGACGCAGGCAGGAGGUUACUACAUGCUCACUUCUUCCUUGCAGGAGGGGGCCCUGGUCUGUCUCGUUCCUCUCAGCCAGAGCUCUGGGCCACCCUGCAGCAUGGGUUAUGUGGCUGUGUGUGUAUUAUUUGUAUCUGUGUGUCUGUGCACAUGAGUGCAGUUUCCUACGGAGGCCAGCAGAGGGCAGCAGACUCCUAGAUAUCAUUACAGGAAGUUGCAAGCCACCUGAUGGGGGUAAUUCCAACCGAACUCAGGUCCUCUGCAAGUGCAGCACACACCUUUAAUGUCUGAGCCAUCUCUCCAGCGCCAACAUUUCUGACCUGUGUCUCUCACACAGGGGUUCUUUUCUGUGGCUAGAAUGCCUUUCUGCUCACCAGGGCUGGCACAGGUGCCUUUGAGAAGCUCCUCAAGAAAUUUGUGCCCUGUGAGACUGGCAGAAGUGGGGGUGAUGGGGUUGGCAGUGGAAGGCAAAGGUCACUUCUCCAACCCUGAGGCUGCUGCUGCCCAGCUCCUGCCACCAGUUAGGCCAGUGUGGUAGUGGUAGGGGCUCAGCUCUUUUCUCUUUGAUGACUUUUUUUCUGUCUCCAGCUGUAUAAACUCCUGACACAGCUGUGUUGUUUUGUUUUUGUGUUGUGUAUUGUUGAAACUCUCUCUCUCACACAUACACACACACACAGACACACACACACACGCACGCUGUUUUCCUGAAGUGACCCUCAUUGUUCUCAACUAUCCCAGCUGACCAGCAAGGCCAGGCUCACAGUCCUGAGGGAGGAGGAGGGUGGGCUCUUGACUCUCCAUUGUGAACAGAGGCAGUAAGGGGAGUAUGUGCAUCUUGUAGUUGAAUAGCUGUUCCCUUUUCAUUACUGUGACAAAACACCUGAGCAAAUCAACUUAAAAGAGGGAAGGGUUGUUUGGCUCACGGCUUCCGAGGUUUCACCUGUGGUGCUGGGUCCAUGGCUUUUAGGCUGUGGGGAGGAUGAGGUAGAACAUCUCGGUGGGAACAGUGUCCAUGAAGCAGAGACACUCACCUCACAGAGGCCAUGAAGCAAAGUGUGAAGCGCCAGUGAAAUGUCUCCCCUUUCUGGGAAGAUUCCCACUGCUUCCCUCUGGCCAGGAUGGGCCUCCUGGUUCUUAUUGCUACCCCAACGCCUCCUUUUAUUUUUUUAAUUUUUGUUUUUUGUUUUGCACUAAGUUGUUAGUAGCCCACAUUGGUCCCUUGUGUAGCUAGAGACGACCUUGGAGUUUGUCUGCUUAGCUUUACAUUGUGGACUCUCCCGUGUCCCAUGUUGCUAGGAUACCCAGCACAUGUUUCCUUACCCUUUCUGGCUUUAUUGGCUGGGCAGCAGAGCCAGGACCAUGGCUGUGGGUGCCCUGAUGUCCAAUGUCCCCUCUUCUACCCAGAGCCCAGACUCCUGUCACGGGGGAGGCAGGCCAGCAUUUUGUUCCUAUUUGUGACAGAAACUGUUGGGGACAGAAGAUAGAGUUUCACCUCAUGGCUGGGACAAGAGCAGGAAGGAGAUGCUAUUCUUUGAAUACUGUCCCGGGUUGGGGAUUUAGCUCAGUGGUAGAGAGCUUGCCUAGCAAGCGCAAGGCCCUGGGUUCGGUCCCCAGCUCCGAAAAAAAAAAAAAGAAAAAAGAAUACUGUCCCUUGGGACCUUUGUGGAUGGAAAGACCCUCCAAAGUGCUUAAAAACACAGACAUGCAGUAGGGAGCUGGGGGUAGAGCUAAAGUCCAAACUUAGAUCCUGCUGAGGUUGAAGGGUAUGCUAGAACAUUCCAGGGAUGUGCCCAUGUACAGGUCUGUGCACAGUGCCAAGGUGAGCCGUUCUGUGGAUCCCACAGGCAGGGAUAGCAAGGUUUUGGAGGGACAGGCAGCUGCGCCCAAGACUGUUGUUUUGAAAAGCAACACGUGUGUAUGUGGUGUGUGUGUGCGUGUGUAUCUGUGCGUGUGCCCACAUGUAUAGGCCCGAGGGCCACCUUAGAUGUUGUUUGCUUUUUUUGUUUUGUUUUGAUGAGACCAGGUCUCUCACAUAGUCAUAGUUCUCCCAGAACUCACUCUGCAGACCAGGCUGAUCUCGAAUUCCACCUUGAGAUCCACCUGCCUUUGCCUCACCAUUGUUGAAAUUAAAAGGUAUGUAUCACCAUGACUGGCUCAUCUUGCCGUUUUAAAAAUAAUAUUUUUUAAAACUUAAAAAAUUUCUUCUGUGAGUACACCAUCGCUGUCUUCAGACAUACCAGAAGAGGGCAUCCGAUCUCAUUUUAGAUGGUUGAGUCACCAUGUGCUGGGAAUUGAACUCAGGACCUCUGGAAGAGCAGCCAGCUCUCUUAACUGCUGAGCCCCCGCGAAUAUAUUUUUAUUAGGUUUUUGAGGAUGUUCAUCUUGCUUUUUUGAGGGUCUCUCACUAGCCUGGAACUUGCCACGUAGGCUAGGCUGCCUGGCGAGCCUUUCCCUCCUUAGGGAGUUGCCCGUCUUCACCUCUCCAGAGCUGGGGUUACAGGCGCCUGCUACCAUGUCUAGCAUUCCCCCCCCCCCCCCCAGGAUGGGUUUCUCUGUGUAGCCCUGGCUGUCCUGGAAGUCACUCUGUAGACCAGGCUGGCUUUGAACUCACAGAGAUCUGCCUGCCUCUGCCUCCCGAGUGCUGGGACUAAAGGCAUGUGCUACCACCACCUGGGCAAGAUUUAUUGAGUUUGCUUUGCUAUGUGCAUCACAGGCGUGCCUGGUCUACGGAUCCCCUGGAACUGGCGUUACACAGUUGUGAGCUGCCAUGUAGGUGCUGGGAACUAAACCCGGCCCCCUAGGGGAACAACCAAUGCUCUUAAUCACUGAGCCCCUACACACAGCUUUUUUACUUGGGUUCUGGGAUCAAACCAGGUCCCGAACACCUUUACUGGCUGAGAUGGUACUGCCCUAUCUUCUUGUUGGACAUCUUGCUGGGCUUCCCAUGAGCUGAGACCACAGCUGUCCCUCAUAUCCUGCUAAACUUCAAGUCUUUAAGUGCAAGGGGAUGUGUUGUGUCUGCUCGCUCACUUCUCUUAGUAAAAUCUUGGUGUUGUGAGUGAGAUGCAGGCUAAUGAAGUACACGUGUGUCAUGGUGUGUGCAUGGAUUUCAGAAGAGAACUUCUGGAAGUUAGUUCACCCUGUGCGUUCUGGGGAUUGAACUCAGGUUAUCAGACUUAUAUGGCAAGCACUUUUGUUGGUUGGGCCAUCUUGCUAACCCCACACCAGGCCCUGCCUUUGCUCACUGUGUUCUCUGAACUCUGCAGGGAAAUAGGGAGAAUAAAGGGCUGCACAGACGGCUAGGGACCCGCACCCUCACUCUUGGGCAGUCCCCAGUCAGCUCUGUUGAGGCUUCUGGAAGCUUCCACACACUCACGUGAAAACACAUAGGUAGAACAAAACCAGGUCAAUGAGAAGGCUCAGUGGGUAGAGGUGCUUUCUAUGUGAACCUAAUGACCUGAGUUUGAUCCUCCAGACCCACGUAAAUGUGGAAGAAAAUCUAUUUCAGAGUUGCCCUCUCACCUCCACACACAUGCACACACAGGCAAUAAUAAAGUAAUACUAACAAAACAAAGACCCCAGAGGAGUCAAUCCAUCUCAGCCUGACAGGGAACACGGCAUGCUGGGUGGGGCUGACCCCACAGUGACCCCCAGACAUUUCUUGGAAAUUGCCUUUUAAAACAAGCCUCUUGACUUAAAGCUUGUUUUCAUUCGCCUCCUACCCAAGAGGCUGAGCUCAAAAAUAAACCUGAGUUAUUUUGGGCUCCGGCCGGCGAUGAGAGGUGAUGCUGGGCAAUGCUGUGCCGGGGAAGGGCUGCCAGCCACCGUCCCCUGGUCCUUUGCAUCUCUUGCAGCAGAUUCUAAAAGCUGGGUUCUUGGGCUGGGGGUAUAGCUCGGUUGGCAGCAUCAGGAGACUCUGAAUAAUCCCAGGUCAGGGAGAUUGAGACAAGAGGAACAGCAUAAGUUCAAAGUCAUCCUCAGAUGUCCAGUAACUGAUAAUUACAGGCCACUGAGGGAUUCAUGAGGCCCUGUGUACUCAAGCAUGAGGACCCGAGUUCAAAUCCUGAGGACCCACAUAAAAAUCCACACACGGUCAGUUCUUCCUGUAAGCUCAGUGCUGUGGAUGGGGAGGGGAGACAGGAGGAUUGUUGAGGUGUUCAACCCUAUCUUCAUUAGUAACCUUGUCUCCCAGUAGACUGCCCACGGGCCAACUUUAUCUAGACAAUCCCCUGAGGCUCUUCCCAAGUAACUAGAUUCAGGCAGUUGACGGUUAAAACUCACCACCACACUAAGGACCAAAUAAAAGGAGAAAGCCAGUUCCUGAGACCCUCAGUCCUGUGGCAGAGCUCCACAAAGACGGUGAAUGGCUGGAAUCAUAUUCAUUAAAGGAAUAAAGCAAAUCCACUGCUGGUGAAAAGGUGGCAGGUAGGAACAACACCCUCUGCACACCAGCACCAGGGCUAGAAAAGGAAGCCCCUAACCGCCAUGCUUCCUGGCAUUGCUCACCCCUAACUGCCAUGCUUCCCGGCAUUGCUCACGGUGCUGCCUGGCAGAGGCUGGAGCCAGUAUUUUCCCCCAACAAACCACAUGGUGUGGCAAAAGCCUCCACUACCAGCAGUGCACAUAGCACGUGGGCAGUCCUUGGUGGCUCUGUGAAACUCCUGUUAUUUAGUGUGGGGUGCGUGUCUGUGUGCCUAAACAGAGGCCAGAGGAUGGACGUAGCGUCCUGCUUGAUCACUAACUCUGCCUAUUCCUUGGUGGCGGGGUUUCUCACUAGGAGCUCCACUAGUGGCCAGCAGGCACUGGUGACUCCCUUGUCUGUCUUCCACAGUGCCAGGGUUACACAGGAGCAUAUAUUAUGCAACUGACAUUUUCUGUGCAUGCCAGGGAUUUGAACUCGGGUUUUAAUGUUUGUGCAGAAAGUGCUGUUGUUACCUGUGGAGCCUGUCCCUGUCCUGUUGUGUGUGUUUUUUGUUGAGAUGGGGUCCCACCCAUCCCAGGCUGGCUUUGAAUACUCCUUCAGCCGCUAGCUCCCAAGGUGUAGGCCGCUGUGCUGGCUAAGGGUGCACUUCAAUGUUUGUACCCCUCCCCACCCCCACAUUCAGCUCAUGUGAUUUGGAGACGUUCACUGAAAGAAGGUAUUUAUGAUGGCUCUCUGACCUGCCAGGCUCAGGUACAUGGAAUUAAAAUUUGUAAUUAACAGGGUGAAUCUUCAAA